AUGCGAACAUUGGAAUGGGAUAAUAGGGAAGUGGAAAUCGACGGUCGGCAGUUACACCAUCUUCGUUUUGCUGAUGACGUGGUCCUUAUAACACCAAACAUUAGCCAAGCGGAACGUAUGCUUGACGACUUUGGUAAGGCCUGUGGAAAGAUUGGUUUUCGACUAAAUCUCGCAAAAACGAUGUUCAUGAAGAACGGAUUGGUUUCGCAUGUUUCAUUCACGCUCAACGAAACGAAUAUCUCCGAAUGCUCUGGUUAUGUCUAUUUAGGUGGGGAAAUCGGUGUGACGAACAACCUUGCUCCAGAGCUGAGCAGAAGAAAACGAGCGGAUUGA